UCUUGUCGGCGGUACCACAUUAUCUCGGGCGACAACGUAACGUGUUUUCGAUUUCACGUGCCGAUUACAGUGGAUAGCCUUUUGCGAUUUCAGUGUACGCGAUUUCUCCGGUUUCCGUGGUAAUUCCUUUUGCAUUUCCAAAUUUUUGACCACUUUGGCAAUUUAUCCGUUCGUGUCAAGUCAUGCCGCCUAAAAAGUCGAAGAAAGCUAACAAGCACAAUCAAGAUUGGGCCGAUGACGACGAUGAUACGGCUGUGGAUAUAUUAGCUGCUGCCAAAGUAAAUGAUGAUACAACAGCUGAAGUACCGGUGCUACCUAAUCGUGGAAACAAGACUUCUAAAAAAAACAAGAAAAAGAAUAAAAAUCAAGAUUGGGGAGAUGAAUCUGAAGAUUUGGUAGAUAUUUUAGCCGCCUCAGAAGUAAAUGAUGAUGAAACUGCUAAUGAGCUACCACAACCCAACCGUGGAAAUAAAAUUUCUAAAAAAAACAAAAAGAAAAAUAAGAAUCAAGAUUGGGAUGAUGAAUCAGAAGACUUAGUUGAUUUAUUGGCUGAAACAAAUUUAAAUGAUGACGAUGUUGAAAAAAUCCCCCAAACAAAUCGUGGAAAUAAGAUCUCUAAAAAGAAUAAGAAAAAGAACAAGAAUCAACAACAAGAUUUUGAAGAAAACUCAGCAGUUGAUGAUGAUGAUGAUGAUGAUGAUGUUAACAAUAAAGUUUCGACAUCGCCGACCGAAGUAGUUGUUGAAAAUACACCGGCAAAAAUUUCGACAGGAAAAAUUUCGAAAAAAAAUAAAAGGAAAAAAAAAGAUUUCGAUUUAGAAGAAGACGAUGAUGACGCACUAGUUCAAGAAAAUAUCGUCAAAAUUGAUUACGACAAUAAAUCUUUGGAUAUCGUUGUAGAACAAUCUGUCGAUGUUAAUGAUGAUCUGACAGCAGUAGAAAAAAUUGAAGAGAAAGUCGAAAAAAUCGCCGGCGAUAUUGACGAUGACAGUGCUCCAACGGCUAUGCCAGCUAUAGAUCAAGACGUAGGUGAUGAAGGCGGUGGCGAUAUAGACGAGGAGUUGGAAGCCGCUAAACUUGCUGGGAAAAAAAAGAAAUCGAAAAAAAAUAAAAAAAAGAUAAAUUAUGAUGAGGAAAUCUUAAAAGAGGCGCCAAAAGCAGAUGUGAUGGUGGAAGGUGAUAAGUCUGCUAUAAACGUUGAAGCAAAAUGUGAUAUUGACGAGGAAAAGUCUGUUGAACAACAUGCUAACGUAGCUGAUGCAGAUAAUGCAUUGAUUAGCGCUGUUGGUGAAAACGAUGAUAAUAUGGACGAACUCGAGAAUGAAGCUGUACCGGAUGUAGUAAAAAUGCCCAAACAAAAAUCGAAAACCAAAGACGCAAAUAAAUCCGAUAAACUGUCCCAUAAAGAAAAAAAGAAAAUGAAAAAAGAGUUGGAGUAUCAGAAGCAAAUGGAUUUAAUGACCAAGAAAGGGGGUCAGGGCCACAGUGAGUUGGGAGCUAAUUUUUCGGUGUCACAGAUUCAAAAGACAGCGGGUCAAUUAGCGGCCAUGGAGCACGCAGUUGACAUUAAGAUUGACAGCUUUAGCAUUGCAGCUAAAGGUCAGGACUUGUUCGUUAAUGCCAGUCUGCUGAUUGCUCAAGGCCGGCGAUAUGGUCUUGUCGGACCAAAUGGUCAUGGAAAAACAACACUACUCAGACACAUUGCCGAGCGGCUCUUCGAUGUACCACCAGGUAUUGACAUUCUAUACUGCGAACAGGAGGUAGUAGCUGAUGAAACAACGGCGGUGAAGGCUGUACUUAGGGCUGACACGCGGUGUACAGAGUUGCUCGCUGAGUGCAAAAAACUUGAGGAGGCUCAAGAAAAAGGCAUGGGUGAAGACGUAACAGAACGAUUAAACGAAGUUUAUGAAGAACUCAAGGUACUUGGGGCAGACUCGGCUGAACCCCGGGCUCGGCGGAUACUUGCUGGUCUUGGUUUCUCCGCGGCCAUGCAGGACCGGGCUACCAAAGAUUUCUCUGGAGGUUGGCGAAUGCGUGUGUCUCUUGCUCGAGCACUAUUUCUGGAACCUACAUUGUUAUUACUUGACGAACCAACUAAUCAUUUAGAUCUGAAUGCUGUCAUCUGGCUGGACAAUUAUUUGCAGGGAUGGAAGAAAACCCUGUUAGUUGUAUCUCACGACCAGAGCUUUUUGGACAAUGUUUGUAAUGAAAUCAUACAUUUGGAUCAGAAACGAUUGUUUUACUACAAAGGUAAUUACAGUAUGUUCAAGAAAAUGCACUCUCAGAAAAAAAAGGAGAUUAUCAAGGAGUAUGAGAAACAGGAGAAACGGCUGAAAGAAAUGAAACAACAAGGCCAAUCCAAGAAGCAAGCUGAGAAAAAGCAAAAAGAAGUAUUGACCCGGAAACAGGAAAAGAACAAGGGCAAAUCGGGUAAAAAUGCUGGCAUGGAUGAUGAUGACAACGCAGAGCCCACACAGCUAUUGCAAAAGCCUCGAGACUAUAACGUCAAAUUUUCAUUCCCUGACCCUAGUCCGUUACAGCCGCCUAUACUGGGUCUGCACAAUGUGAGUUUUGCAUAUCCUUCUCAGAAGCCACUGUUUAAGGAUGUCGAUUUUGGCGUUGACCUCAAUUCCCGGGUAGCAAUUGUCGGACCCAACGGUGUGGGUAAGUCAACGUUCCUCAAGCUAUUAACCGGUGACUUGCAGCCUACCAUCGGUGAAAUGCGUAUGAACCAUCGGAUGAAACUUGGAAAGUUUGACCAGCAUUCUGGUGAACAUUUGACUGCCGAAGAGACACCCGCUGAAUAUCUGAUGCGGUUGUUCGAUCUGCCGUAUGAAAAAGCACGCAAGCAACUGGGUACUUUUGGGCUUGCUGGCCAUGCACAUACCAUACGCAUGAAAGACCUGUCUGGCGGACAAAAGGCCCGUGUUGCUCUGGCUGAACUUUGUUUGAAUGCUCCUGAUGUCAUUAUAUUGGAUGAACCUACAAACAACUUGGAUAUAGAAUCUAUUGACGCUCUAGCAGAAGCAAUAAAUGAUUACAAAGGAGGUGUCAUAAUUGUGUCUCACGACGAACGACUGAUCCGUGAUACAGAAUGUACACUAUGGGUUAUCGAAGACCAAACUAUUAAUGAAGUGGACGGUGACUUUGACGAUUACCGUAAGGAGCUGUUGGAGUGUCUUGGUGAGGUGAUCAACAGUCCGAGUAUUGCAGCCAACGCAGCCGUCGAACAAUAACAGCAAUCUGGUGUUGUCAAUUAUUAAUUAUGUUAAACAAUUUUGGUUGUGCGCAUGGAUGCAUCAGAUACUUAUAAUUAUAUUGUUGUUGUCUUGGAUGUA